UACCAGUUGUCAGCUUUGUAUGCUGCAUCAUUCUUUUUCACUCAUUAUUCAUUCGCCAUGUCUCGUAUGCAUCCCGAAGACAUCAAGGAAGCCUUUGGUCUUUUUGAUCCUCAAAACACUGGGAGGAUUGAACCAACUGCAUUCCAGGCUUUUAUUAAUACAUUGGGAGAUGAAGAGCUCAAGGCAACCAUCCGUUUACCUAACCACCCCAUCGAUAUUAAAGAGUUUACAGAUAUUAUGAACCGCUACAAUAGUGAUGAGGGCAAAGAUCCUGAGGAGCCUUAUCGACGCGCGUUUCAGUCUAUGAACAAGGACGGUUCUGGACAUAUUUCCGCGCAAGAGCUACGUGCAGGAAUUCAAUCUCUCUUGGGACUUAAUGCUUUAUCAGAGGCCGAUAUUGAUGAGAUUAUUAGAGAGGGUGAUGUUUCUGGAGACGGCCGUAUUACCAUUGAAGAGUUUCUAAAGAUUAUGCAAAAGAGUGAGAAGAAGCAUCGUGGUGAGCACGUUCUCUAAUGCUAUUGACCAACCAGUAGUGUAAUACUUGAUAUAUGCUUAUUUAUUAAGAUUAAAUAAUAAAAGGGUCCAUAUAGUCACUUGGGCA